AAUGGCAACAGAACUUGAAAUUACAGAGCUUAGAUUAGGGCUUAUUCCUAGUUCAAAAAAUGAGAAAAAAAGGGUGUUUUCGGAGAUCGAUAGUGAUCGAAGUAGCACCAACGUUAACGACGAUGAUAAGAACCAAGUUGUUGGAUGGCCACCGGUUUGUGGUUAUCGGAGAAAGAACAAUAAUAGUAACGCUCGAUCGAAGAAGAUGUACGUGAAAGUUAGCAUGGAUGGUGCACCAUUUCUUAGAAAAGUUGAUUUGAGUAUUCAUAAGGAUUAUUCUGGAUUUGUUAUCAAUCUUGAAAAACUCUUCCACUUCUAUGGCAUUUGUGAAGGUAGUUCAGAGUACAUUCCGAUAUACGAGGAUAAAGAUGGAGACUGGAUGCUUGUGGGUGACGUUCCCUGGCAGAUGUUUAGUGAAUCAUGUAAAAGGCUAAGGAUAAUGAAGAGAUCUGAUGCAAAAGUGAUAGGGCUUCGAACAGAAGAUUUUCUCAAGGGUAUUAAUGUCCAAAGAGAAAUGACGCUUUUUAAUUAAUUAAUAGCCUCUCAUAUCAUUAAGUUAAAUUAAUUAUGUUAUUGUUUCUCCUAUAUAUGUUUAAUUGUAUUAUGGAAAUGUACCUGUAAUUUUAAUUAGGUGUAAUUGUAAGACAUAAUUAUAUCAUGAUUUCCUCUUUUAUGUUGGUUGAUAAUUUUGUUAAUUUGUAAUGUAAUCCAGAUAUAUAACGUACUUAAAGCUCGCAGCUAUUAAUGCAUUAGCUUUUAGUAUAUUUAAUUUUUUUAUUAAAA